AAAAUACACCUGGAUAAUUUUGUUUAAGUGACGAAGGUCACAAUUUCCCUUUUCUUCCUUUUGGAAGUAGCCUUCAUAUUUUCCCCCAGGGAUCUGCCGGGAUCUAGGGUCACUAUUGAUGACCUGUGUAUGAUCAUGACCGAUGCCUCCCUGGGUUCGCCCUACAACAGAUACGCAGUGGCUGUGCAGCUAGUGGCUGACCAGCACAGCGUGCCGUGCCAGGACUCUAGUUACCAGAAAUACGUGGAGGUCCUGGCUGACCCCUCCUGGGAGGGCCCCGCUGCAGAAGGAGCCAGGCAGUGGUUGUAUCAGACGUGCACUGAAUUUGGCUUCUAUCCGAGCUCGACUUCGAAGAACCAGCCCUUCUCUGGAUUCCCUGUGAGGUUUUUUCUUCAGCAGUGUUCAGAUAUCUUGGGCCCUGAGAUCAAUGCCCUUUCAGUGGCUCAGGCUGUUCAGGUCACCAAUGAGUUCUAUAGUGGCCUGAAUGUGACAGGAAGCAAAAUUGUCUUUGCCAAUGGUUCUAUUGACCCUUGGCAUGCUCUGGGAGUAAUAAAAGAUAUCAGCAAAGAUUUGCCUGCUGUUUACAUUGAAGGUGAAGCCCACUGUGCAAAUAUCUAUCCAGCCCAAAAUAAUGAUUCAGCUGAACUAACUCAUGCACGAGAAAAAGUCUUUGAGUUUCUGCAAAAGUGGCUAACUAACACGAGUAAUUGAUGAGAAAGAAGAGCUCAAUGGAAUUCAAAAUCUGCCCUCCAUUUUCUUACUAAAAUACAAAACCACUGAAAGAAUGAAAUUAGAGCAAAUGAAAG